AUGGGUUCGAAGACAUUUGGGAACAAGCCUGACAUACGGGUCAAGCUGUUCUUUAGCGAAAUAAAACCAAAUGAAGAGGAAGAAGCAAAAAAACCCAAGGAUGAUAGUGUGGAGUUGCUAUUUGGGGAAUGUUCGAAAUUAGAUGCUGAGCGGCCAAAGCACAUCAGAGAUUGGAAAAAAUUGCUCCGCUCCAAAAGAGAUAAGCAAUUCCUUGGUUGCAGUACCAAUGACAGGGCUUUGGUUGUAAAUGAUCAUAUAAGUGUGUCAGUUCUGGAUUCAGUUGGUGGCAAAGUCUACAUUGCAUACGAGGUUUUGGAUUUAACAAUACCAUUAAAGGUCUCAGACCGAAAAUCUGUAGAAGACCUAUUGACAAAUGCCAUUAAGCUGAAGACAUACUUUGAGGGGGUAGCAGAUGAAGUAGUUAGACUAAUGAAUGAAAGCAAGGCUCUGGAGUAA